ACAUAAGAAAUGAAAAAAAAUAAUCCGUUGUUUAAGUAAUAAUUACGAUAAGGAAAUGCUGUAUUAAAUAGGGAAAUAGGUAAACCAGGAAACUUUGUCAAAAUGAUAUGGUAGCACUGAAAAGUGGAGGAGGAGGAGGGCAAGAAUCGGCGAACACUUCAGACCAGCGGGAUGAAUAGUGCGUCAGGGCGAUGUGGCUACAGCUAAGUGUGUUGCCUGGCUGACAGAGACGGCUGAUAUGGACAGGAAUAAAUCCCAAAUACUUCUUCUUGACAAAAGUGAGCUUGAGACAGUAGCCAAAGCUCUGUCUUCUGGAUGUUGGACUCUCAGUGAUUCAGGACACAUAGAAAUAAGUGAUGGCAGCACCACAUCUGGUGUGUGUGGCAAUUCUCCCAAGCUCACCCUUGCUCAGGGAAAUGUUCGGCCGGUCACACAGGCAUCGGGGGCUGGAGGAUCAGCCAACAUUAAGCGUCCAGUAUCUAGUGAACCUUUGAAUCUUCAGCGAGACAAUUCCCAUAUGACAACACUGACAGAAUUGGGCAAGAAGUUGAUAGAGGCUGCCAGGGUUGGUGAUACAAGCCAAGUCAGAAGGCUGAUGGCCAUUGGAGCACCAUUUGCAUCAGAUGGACCUAUUGGAAUGAACCCAUUACACUUGGCCUCACAAAAUGGUCAUUAUGAAACCUGUGAACGUCUUUUGAGUGCCGGCAUGAACAAAGACGCUCGCAAUAAGGUAGACAAGACUCCUCUUCAUCUUGCUGCAAUGGAAGGCCACACUGACAUUGUGCACUUGUUGAUCAAGAGUGGAGCUAAUCUAAAUGCUUGUGAUAUGCUAAAGAUGACUGCCUUGCAUUGGGCGUGUGACAGGGGGCAUACCUCAAUAGUGCGCCUCCUACUGCAGCAUCAAGCCCAGACAGACAUAGCUAACAAAUUUUUUAAAACUCCACUUCAUCUUGCAGUUGGAAAUCGGCAUGACAACAUUGUCGUCUUACUUCAGGGUAAAAUUUCACCCAAGACUGAAAACGAGGAUGAGGAAGAGCAAGAAGAGACAGAGGAAGAUGAUGAUGAUGAUGAUGAUGGAGGUAAAGAGCCAAGACAAGCUAAAGCACCUGUCUUCGGUUUUCCAAGCAGUAGUCUCAGUGACAUACCGGUUGUUUGUAAAACUGAAGAAGUUCACACUGAGUUCAUAGAAGAAGUGUGUGAGAGCUCCGAUCCUGUUAUUGAAGAUGAGGAAGAAAUACCAACAGAAGAAAGUGAGCUGCCACACUCAAUUAUGGAUGAUUUGGAAGAUCAGAAUAUAUCCGUGCUGGCGUCUCUUGCUGAACUGGCUCAAGCAACAAAAUCAUCAGACCAUUCUGUAGAUAUGUCAAAUGCAGCUGCCUUAGAGCUCCUGAAGGCUCAAGCUGCCUUGUUACCUCUUGAUGAUUCUUCCACCCUGGUUACUUCUGCAGUGGCACACGGUCAAACACUUCAUCUCACUGAGGCUGGAAGACAGGCUCUCAAACUUAUUAAACAAGAAUUACCAUUGUUUCCAACUAGUACACUGCCAAAAGAAAAGAACCAAGAGGAGGAGAGCACAGCCAGUGAAAAGACAGGUGGAAGUACAACAAUAAAGAAAGAGCAUUCUCUGCCUACAACACCUAUAGCACUGCCACCACCACCACCACGCCCUCCGCCACCAUCCCUUCUAUCUUCAGUCUCAUCUUCAUCUACGCCCACAUCGUUGCUGUCACCCUCAUCAUCAUCCACAUCCUCAUCCCUGCUGUCAGUUUCCUCGCUAUCUUCAUUACCAUCAUCAUCCACGUUACUCACCUCACCGUCAUCAUUGUCUGUUUCGUGCUUGCCUACUCUUUUAGCUUCACAGACAGAUGAAGGAAAAGAGGAAGAACAAGUUACUCAAGUCAUCACUCUGACUGCAGAACAGUAUGCAGCUUUAACAAAUGGUGGCAGUGGUCCUGUGAUAUUGCAAGUGUUGCCAUCAGAUGGCACAGAAGAGGCCAUCUGUGAAGCUAAUAUCAAUACUAGUCCUUCUCCAUGCAAGCGGCAGAAAAUCAUGCAGUUGGUCACAAAGUUCCAUGGAUCCUCUGACCAGCAGCUUAUAAUGGCCAAGAUAUCAGGAAAGGUGCGUCCACACGGUCAAACAAUGUUCGACGGAGAAACAUUGUUACCAAUUACCAAUGGAAAGCGGAAAGGUAGAAGGUAUUCGGAUCCAUCCACAUAUAGUUUGUGAAGUCCGAUUCAUAGCCAUUCUCAGUUUUUAUAAAAUGGUUGCAUGGCUUCCCCUUUCAUUUCCGUUUCUGCAACCACUCCUUGCACCAUUCUCUUCUUGUCACCUCCUCCUCAUGUAGAACAGCAAUGAUCAUGCUGUAUAGUGCAAUUUUCUUAGUCUUGUUUUUUUUCUUGGGUACCAUGGUAGUGAUGUACUGCCCAAGUCCACACACUGACUUGAAUACCUGUGUGUUGCCAACGGACAUCACCUUAAAACAUUGUCCAUCGGUCUAUGUCUCGUGAGCAGAGUAAAAACAGUGGUAAACAUCAUCAUCUGGUACCACUGUUUGUUGCCAGAUCCACUUCCAUUGUUUCAACCCUUAUAACGUCAUGUUACCAUGGUAACAACAUUUGUCUGUCGGACAUUGUUCGACCGUGUGGACGCACCUUUACAUACAGAGGGGAAAACAAUUUGAUCUAAAUUGCUUGAAGGAGAUUCUGGAGUGGCAGGCAACUUUUGUUACAGGAACAAUGCGUUACAUUAGCUGUAAUCAAGCUAAAGCUAAAGCUGAGAUGGUGUUAAUUUGGUGCCCAGAGCUACUUUCAAUUUAGGAAGUAGUGCAUGCAAUCAAUCAAUCAUCAUGCUGAUUACAUUUGAAAGAUAAUAAAUCUACAGCAACAGGGCUUGUUUUUGUUUGCUGGGAUUAAAACUUACCACUUGAUCGAUCUACAACUGUGUUCAUGCAUGAUAUAUAUAUGAAUUUUAAAAGAACAUGUUCACAUAUGUUUUACUGAUUGUUUUGAUUAAAAGAACUUGUUUACAUCUGUACAACUUUGCAAAUUCUAAGGAGCUUCCUCUGUUAAGUGUCUUGUUUCUCGUCGAAUACAACGGGGGCACCGAAGAGGACAGAAGCAGCCAACAUGAUAGCAUGCACUGCAAGUAGCACAUAAUGCCGUAGAAUCCAACUGGAAUGGAAAUAUUGGCUCCCCUUCUCCGCAGAUUUCACAUAUAAAGCCUUGGCCGGCACAGACCUGCAAAGUAGUUUGGGUAUAGAUGAGUGGCAUUAAAGUAAAGGUUUAUCACUAAGAAUCUAUCUAUGUAGUAGGUUAACAUCCACCAAAAGGCAGAAUGUAGCUACAACAGGCACCAGUCUUGUUUUUAUUGUAUCUAUGGUAGGACAGAGCCUUACUAACCAUCUUUGCACCAAGUUAAUUAACAAGCAUUGUGCUGGUGAACAUUGAUGAUGACAAGAGUUACUUGCCAAAAGUGUAAUAAAGCUAAAACAAUUCACAAAUUUAAGGAAAAUUUGAAUAUGGAGACAGGACAGCACAAGCUGCCUAAUAUGGCUCUUGUCAGAACUAGGGUAACACACACACCAAUAGAUUACAGAGAGAGAAUGACUGUAAUUUCUGUAAUUUACAAUGUAAUCUUUUGGUUGGAGUCUCUCUCUCUCUCUCUCUCUCUCUCUAUAUAUAUAUAUAUAUAUAUAUUAUAUAUCAGUACCUGACACUUUGCUAUGUGAUUGAUGUAUAGUUUGGUUAUCUUCUUCACUUCUCCUACAAAGGAACCAUUCUUUGCAGAUAUCAGGUCUUCCAGCGAGUAUGCUUGUGGAUCACUUGCCCAGUGUUGGGGUCUAUUAUACAUUAAUUUCUUCUCACUGAAAAGAUCCAUGUGUUUACUUUAAAUUCUUCUCCAUGUUGUGUCGCAUACUCCAGUCAGAUAAUCAGAUUUUUAGCAAAAAGAUUAAAGGCUUCUUUAGGUCAAGAGAAGCCAAGUUUAAUAAUUUCUACAUGAAGGUGAAGAUUAUGAAAUAUAUAAGAAAAAUAAUAGAAAGAAUGCAGAUUGAUUUUGAAUGACUAGGUUACUAGAGUCUUACUUGUUUGCUCGGCUGCAAGUGUUGAUGUAUGGUAAUGCAUAGUAGAGUUGUAACCGAUAAAUACGAGUCUGUUGUAGAUUCCGGCACUUUUUGUAUAAGCCACAGUUAAGAGCACUCACAUUAAACAGUGGAUCACU